AUGGUCAAGCGCAACAUCACCAUCGCAAUCAUCAUCAUCGUCCUCUUCCUCAUCCUCGCCAUUGCCGGCUUCGCUAUCUAUGCUUGUUGA